ACGCACCAUCCAUCCAAAGCCAAAACAAAAAAUGGCGUCAGCUGAGUCGCCGCCGCGGUUUGGCCAGUCUGUCAAAGGGCUUUUAUCCGAUAAAGUGGGCUCCUGUAGCGGGGACGUGAUCGCGCUGACCCGCCAAGUGCUGAAGGGAUCUCGCAGUCAGGAGCUUCUUGGUCAGGCAGCAAGAAAUAUGGUCAUUCAGGAGGACGCCAUCCUGCACUCUGAGGAUAGUCUGAGAAAAAUGUCCAUUAUCACCACACAUCUACAAUACCAGCAGGAGGCCAUCCAAAAGAACGUGGAGCACUCUAAAAACCUGCAGGACCAGCUGAGACACUUGCUGAAGUGACGGAGCAGCAUGAGGACGCUCCCCCUAACUUUAACCGGGACUCUCUCAGAGGGAGGGUUUAAUGUCGGAUAAGACUUCAUAUUUCUACCUUUCCUACACACUGCUGGCCAAUGCAUCUGGGACUGGAAGUUAUGCACUACUGUGUAUCAAACACAAACACAGUUCCUUUACCUAACGGUGCUGUAAACAGGAUUCAGAGCAUUAAUAUAACAGCUGUUUGCUAUGUGAAUCUAUAUAGCGUCGCAAUGUGUACCUGAGUCCCUCUCCCUCCAAGCUUACUCUGUGCAUGUGAUCAUUCCCAAAUGCCCAGUUACACGCGUUCCUAUAAUCCAUUUAUCUCAUAACCCUUUUUCGACAAAGGCCAAAACCACCUCAAGGGAGUGGAAAAAACUUUUUUUAUUUCUGCAAUUGAGGAUGUUUUAUCAAGUUUUGCUGGUUCCAUUCAUUUUUUUUUAAAUGCGAUAUUUCAAAAUGUGAAAAUAUGUGAAUGGAAACCAGGCUUAUCAUAGAUUUGCUCUGAAUUUUGAAUUUAACACCUUUAGAAAUGCUCUGCAAUACAAGCCCCUCUGAAUAAUAUGUUUUUAUCAGGAUAUGUAAGGGCAGUAGUCCUGAAAGUAGUCUGAGUAUUUUGACUUUAUUUAUUUAAAAUUGAUUAUGGCACAUGCAUUCUUGGUGCCCUGCUUUGGUUACCUGUUGUUUUCUGAAGUUUCUUAGUGUCUGGCAUUCUAAACACUUAAGUUGGAAGUGUGGUUUGAAAUUUCAUUCUGUGUAAAUACAUUUUUGCCAUUAUAUAAAUAAAAAAAGAUGAA